AUGGUCCUGGAUCCUCAGUCUGCACAUGAAAGCAGCUCCAGGAUAGUUGACCUGCAGAAGACAGGAAAGCGGGGCUUCCGGCGUCGCCCCGCGCCGCUGCUGCGAGCGGUUCUUGGGUCUGUCCGCUCUGGCUGUCGUAGCUUUGUCCCGCGGGAGUCGGCGAGACUGGGAGGGCGCUCGGAAGGGCGGCCCCCGGUGACCGCGAGCCCGAAGGUGGCGGCUGCUCUGUCCGUGUCCCCACGGCGCGCGCGGAGGCCCAUGGCAGAGGCCGGCUCGGCUCGGGACUGUGUGACCUUUGAGGACGUGGCCAUUUACUUCUCACAGGAAGAAUGGAGACUCCUUGAUGAGGCUCAGAGGCUCUUGUACCUCAAUGUGAUGCUGCAGAACUUUGUACUUACAAGUUCUCUGGCUGAUUUCUCCCACAAGUCGUCAGUGGCAUAUGUCUACGCCCAUCUGGUUGGUAUCUAG